CUCUCUCUAACGACGCAAAAUUUGACCGUUGCAAUCUCGUUAUCCUCUUGUUGCUUCUUCUCUUCAGUUCUUCUGAAUUCACAUUACUCUGUCACUCUCUUUCUCUGAAUUUUGCGAUGCGUAAGGCGAAAAAAGCAGAAUCGUCCAACGCCGCUUCUUCGGAACGCCGAAACUGGGGUAACAUCUUCAACUCGUUGGUUCAGAUGGUACGUAACCAGCAGAACCAGCUUCAAUCAUUUGCCAAAAGCCACAAGUUUCUCGAAGAUCGCAUGCGAAUGCAGCACCUAGGGUGGACCUCUGAUGUUCGCAUUCACAAGGAUCAAAUUUCCCAAAUGAAGGGGAUUUUGAUAUUUGAGGAGAAGAAACAGUUGCUCGAGGCGGCGAAGGCGGAUUUGACGUUGGGUUUCAAGCAGAGAGAGGCUUCUAUGUUAAAAUUGAUUUUGGAGCAUACAGAGGAUGAGUUGGCUGAUUUUAAAGCUUGGUUUGAAUAUCUUUCCCAAAAAUCCUCUAAUGGAGAAGAUCAAGGAACAGUGUCUAAGGAUACUGACUUGAAGAAGGAAGGAACUGCGGAUAGUGGUAGGAAGUCCAGUUGGAACAGUGCAGAUAAAAAUAAGUGUUCCAGUGAAAUUAAGGAUGAGUUGAGGAGGUUAAAAGGUGAAUAUGAGAAGCUUGCUUUAGAAAAAUGUUCUGAGGUAUCAGCACUUUUGGCAGAAAAGAAAUUUGUGUGGAAUCAAUAUAAUAUGAUGGAUAGUGAUUACUCUAACAAAUUAAGGACAAAACAAGCUGAUUUAGAAAAGGCAAAUGAAAAGAUAAAGGUACUUGUUUCCAGUAUGGAACAACUACAGUCUGAAAAAAACGAAAAAGAUAGUAAAAUUUCAGAGUUAGAAAGUAAAGUGGCUGAUAUGGAAGCUGAGACAACAAGAUUAAACAAAGAAAUAUCAGGACUCUCGGCAGAGUUGGAAUCUUUAAGAAGGCUCAGGAACGAUCAAGUUACACCUGUUUUGAAUCAUUGCACAGAAAAAGCUAAAACAUCUGAUUUGGGAAACACUAAGAGCAUCAGGACUAGAAGAAAUAUGAACUUGAACAAAGAAAUAUGUACUCCUGAUGCACCUGCCCCUGCAAAAUCCUCUGAAAAGGGGACAAAAAGCUUGAAGAGGAAAGAAGUCCCAGCAGAGAUUCCCACCUCUGAGACUUCAAAGCUAUUCUCUUCCAGCUUCAAGGGGACAAAAAAUCUGAACAGAGAGGUUCGAGCAGUGAUUCCCACCUCUGAGACUCCAAAGCUAUUCUCUUCCAGUUUCAAGGUUCCAAAACUGAAGCCCUCUUUAAGGGUCAGAUGA